AUGUCCACUCCGGAAGAACGGAAGUUCUCCCAAAAACUCGUGGGACUAGAGGCUUGCAACCUGCCCAUGGGUUUUAAAUUUUAUGCAAAACACAGUGAUAGAAAGGAGUCUAUUGAUUCCGGAGGAAAGCCGCUUGCAUCGGAAACGGCCAACGAAGAUCUGAUGAUGCAAGCCAAGAUGAUCAAGUACGACGUCAUCGGACUGACCGAGACGAGACGACGUCACCCUCUCAACGCCGUAUAUGAACCUGGAGAAGAACUGUUCUUAGGAACAUGCGACAGUAGAGGUGUAGGUGGAGUUUGCGUCCUCGUCAACACGAGUAUGGCAGAGAACAUCGACUCUUUCGAACAACUUCCGACCCUAAUCGGACGUCUGCGGAUGAGAAGAUGUAGUCCAACGCCAGCUUUGACUACGCUUUGA